GUGAGAAGACUCUUGUGGGUGUAUGUGUUGUCGGGGUCUCUCUCUCCCAGGCAACAGCGUGGCGGGAUACAAAGGUUUUGUGUGGGUAUCGACUCGCCUUUGACCAACUGGUGUGAAAUCUGCUGCAGAUAGCAGAGUGGUCAGUAAGAGUGUGGAGUGGAGGAAGUGUUGGUUCCCGAGAAGGUGGAGUGUUUUUUGGGAGUGUAGUCAGCUGAGUGAGGUGCACGGCGGCUCGCGGGCCAGAUAGAGGCGCCAGGUGUAAAGCUGCUUGAGAAAUCCCCGUGAAGGUGCUCACAGUAGCCACUGCUCUCCAUGUGAGGCUGCCGUGCUGGGCCCUGGUGUGCACUGUGUUGGGCCGGCCAGCACGGGCGUGAGGCGGCGCCCAUGGCUCUCGUGGGCACUCGCUCCAGCAGUGGGCGGCAGCAUAUGAUGGCGGGCGUGGGGGAGCGAAGUGUGGGCGUAGUGCCCCCCACCCACAACGCCGCUAUCCUCGCAGCUGCUCAGCCCAACUAUUAUGCCCACUUGGACCCUCGUGGGGGCGCCCCCCAGCCGGGCACGGGCGUGGGGGCUAUUCACGCCCACCAUCCCCACCACAGGACCAGCAGCACCUCCGCCCAGCAGCAGCAGCCUCAACAGCAGUCAGGUGCGGGCGGCGUGGGCGGCCAGCAGCAGCAACAGCCUCACCACGGACAAACAGCCACGCCCUCGCCCACCAACAGCAACGAGGUGACGCCCGAUAGACCCAUCGGCUACGGCGCCUUCGGAGUUGUCUGCUGACAUGUGGGGUCCCCCAGGGGACCAAGAUGAGUCCUCUAUGCUUCCUCCUCCUCAUUAACGACGCCCUCACUGACACCCCCCAUCGCUGGAAGUACGAGUAUGUGGACGACUGCACCGUGGGCGUCCCAGUUUCCACCAAGAACCCGGACUACUCGCCACUGCAAGCGAUUCUGGAGCGGCUGCAGACGUGGACGGAGGAGAGCAGGAUGACCAUCAACCACAGCAAAACUGUGGUGAUGCAUUUCUGUACCUCCUCUGUACCAGUGCCCCCUCCCCAGCUCUCAGUGGGCCCUCACCCCCUCCAGGUGGUCCGAUGUGCCAAGCUCCUCGGAGUCACGGUGGACGAUCAGCUGACCUGGAAGCAGCAUGUCGCCAGCACCAUAAGAUCAGCUACCUACAGGCUGUACAUGCUGCGCAGACUCAGGUCGCUGGGGACGCCGACAGAUGAGUUAAGGGGGUGUAUCUUACCUUCAUCCUCCCCAAACUCAUGUACGCCUCCCCAGCGUGGUCCUCCUCCCUCACACAAACUCAACAGCUACAGUUGGAGAGUGUGCAGAAAAGGGCGUGCAGGGUCAUCCUUGGCCCUGCAUACACCACCUAUGAAGAAGCCCUGAACACCCUGAGCCUGUCCAGACUAUCCACCAGGUACUGUGAGGCUCUGGAGAAGUUUGGAAGGGGACUUCUGCAUCAUCCACGUCUCAGAAACAUGCUGCCGCUUGACGCGCCUUGCCCGACCCGUGCCACCAGACACCACAACAAGAUAACGCCCCUAAAGGCGCCGCGUACGGACCGGUACAGACUCAGUGCGAUUCCCACCAUGGUGUGAGCCAUCAAUCAAUAGUCCCUUCUAGAUUUGACUUACCUUUA